AUGCCCCCUUCGGCGGAGCUCCGAAACAGGCCCCAAGAUCGGAUCUCGUGGAUACAGAAAGUUACGGCGGUGGAAUUAGGGUUUAUUCACACAAAGAAAUACCUGCCACGUGCAGUUGUCAUGCUUGUGGUCGAUUCAGCCGGGGAACAACAACGCCGUCGUCGCCGGUGGCAUGGAUACCAUGUCCAAUGCCCCCAAAUACGCUGCAACAGCAAGAUAGAAGAUAGCAACGGAGUGGAUAUGGAUGACUAUCUGAAAGUAUGCAGGUUUCUUUCCAAACUUAACAACGGGAUACUAGGGGUGAUCGACGUGGACUACCGCGACCUGGUGGGCAUCGUGCUCUUCAACCACUCGGAGACGGACUUCGCUGUGAAGCCCGGCGACCGCAUCAUAGAGAUGAUUGUCCAGGUGAUUGCGGCGCUGGAGGUCGCCGAGGUGGAGGACCUUGACGCCACCGUACGGAGUCGUCGAGGUGGAGUACCUUGA